UUGAGCUGAAGAGGUCAAUGCUGCCGGAUUAUGUCAAAGCUGAAAAUGGCUUCACUCUGUUCCUCAAUGAGGCUCUGGAGGGUGAGAUUAAAAGCUAUGGGAUUGUGGUCAACAGCUUCUAUGAGUUGGAACAAGCUUAUGCUGAUUAUUUUCAAAAGGAGAUGAAGAGAAAAACAUGGCACAUAGGGCCAGUCUCAUUGCACAACAGAAGCAACAUUGACAAAGUUGAAAGAGGUAUUAAAACCUCCAUUGAUGAGCACAGUUGUUUGAAUUGGCUUGAUUCUAGAGAACCCAACUCUGUUCUUUACAUCAGCUUUGGAAGCAUGCCAAGGAUCACUUCAGCUCAGGUCUUGGAGAUUGCUCAUGGGCUUGAAGCCUCCAACCACCCUUUCAUUUGGGUGAUUGGGAGAAUUUUAGAUUAUUCAUCCAGAGAGAAGCAACAAGUAGAAAGUGUUCUGCUUCCUGUUGGGUUUGAAGAAAGAGUUACAAAAUCAAAAAGAGGGCUCAUAAUCAGAGGCUGGGCUCCUCAGCUUCUGAUUCUAGAACAUCCAGCAGUUGGGGCUUAUAUGAACCAUUGCGGAUGGAACUCAAUCAUUGAAGGUGUCACAGCUGGUGUGCCUAUGAUCACAUGGCCUUUCUCCUCUGAGCAAUUUUACAAUGAGAGAUUCAUUCUCAAUGUCAUAAGGGUUGCGAUUUCAAUGGGAAAUGAGCACUGGGUUCCAUUGACGGAGCUGCCUAGAGUGACCAUCAAGAGUGAGAAAGUAGCCAAAGUUGUGAAAAGACUAAUGGGCAGUGAAGAAGCUGAAGUUCUGGGCAUGAGAAAGAGAGCAGCAGAGUAUAGAGACAAAGCCAUGAGAGCUUUUGAAGAAGGUGGCUCUUCUUAUGCAAAUGUUGAUGCUUUCAUAGCUGAGCUCAAGUCUCGCCGGAAAAUUCAAGAUGGUCAUCUGUAAUUUGGU